ACGUAGCUAAGAGAGUAAUGACGUUUUAUAAUGGUUACGCAUUGAUAAUGCUCAAAAAUACGCAUACCUUUCUUUGUUUGUUUGUUUGUUGGUGGCAUUUUUUUCUUUCGUGGUUUAUGUCACAUCGACGGUGAUAAUUAAUAAAUCACAAAGCAGAACUCCGUUCAUUCCACUGCACUGCUCGGCGAGCACUGAGCUACCACUGCAACGGAAUUCCCAGAGCCAAUUUCCUGGUGCGAACUUUGAAUCCGGUGUUGCAGGAGUCCGUGGCAUUGCACACUUCAACAUGAAGUACCUUAUUCUGUUGACGACAUUUGUUCUUGCCUGCCAGCUUGUGAAAGGCGCCGGCCAUAUUCCUCAGGCCAUAGUGUACUGCAAUGACGAUCACACUGUAGACAUAAAAAUAGAGAACGUGGAUGAUGUUAAUGAGUGGAACGCGAGUGAAUGGCGACUACAGAACAAUCCCGCAUGCGACCCAACAUUAGAUGUUGACGGCGAGAUGGUCAAUUACGAAAACCUGACGCUACCUGAUUGUUCAUUUACCUCGACUCAGUACCCUGAUCACAUCAAAUACAUUCUGAAAAUCAUUGCUACAAAGCCUAACCCAGGUGGUACCCAACAAUUGCGGGCUUACGAUCACCUCUACUAUGUGUCGUGUGAAUACGACAACCAAAACAGGUCAAUGGCAAGUUUUGUACCGAUCGUGAACCGUAAUGACAAUGACACAGGCAACGCAUUCUUCACCUUUUCGCUCCAAGCCUACCCUUACGCCAACCACACUGGUGUUGUGCCCAAUCCAAUUGAACUGGAUCAGUACUUGUAUUUCAAAGUUUAUGUCGACACUCAGAGCGCUAACCCCAACCUUGAUCUCUUCAUCGUAAAAUGCUUUUCUUCGUCGAGUGCCGAUCCCGCAAAUGCGAAUGCGAAUAACUUUGACCUAAUAGUGGACGGUUGUGGUAAUAACACUGUGAGCCAAGACUUGGACGAUACAUUGUUCCACAACUGUACAGAUGACAGCAUCAAAGAGACCUUCAGGUUCAAGACGUAUCGGUACUUUGGGUUUCCAGAGAGUUCCAAGGUCUACAUCCACUGUGAACUGAGAGUUUGCCUGGCUGAUCAAGCUAAUUCAGCAUGCGAGUGCCCGUCACGUGACCAAUGCGAUCCUGCUAACCGUAAGAGGCGUUCACUUGAGGAUGUGGUGGAUGAAGCUCAGGUUUAUCGCGUUACAUCCGGUCCUUUUAUUUUUGAGAGCGAAGACGAAGAACAGCAGCCAGAAUUCAACGAAGAGGAAGGUGAAGCUGACGACCAAGAAGGGUCCCAGGCUUUCUCGACCAAUUUGGUUGUUAUCGUGGUGGUCAGCGGUGUUGUCGCGGUAGCCGUCUGCGCAACCAUCUUCUUUGUCGUGCGCAGUCGCAACAAGCGCCAACAACAUGGCGAUGUGAGUAUUCCCACAUGAAGCCCAUAUUGGAACGCCGCCGGGUCUUUCGAAGGAGCUGUAUUAAACUAAAGCACACGUGGAAGAGACACUAGUAAAUUUCUCAUAACGAAACUUAGAACUUGUUCUAAGUGCGCAUGAUACAGUUAGCAAAUUUCGCGCUAAAUGCUGAUGUUGAUAGUUUCAAAUCAAGCAAAAAAA